UCAUUGCGAUGGUCUUGUGACGAGGAGAUGCUUGAUGCUUGUCGGCUGGGUUUGAGCACUCAGGCUUAGGAUGCCGGUGAAAGUAGAUGUGGUGCCACCGCCGCCUGCUAAUUCGAAGCAACCUGGAGUCACAAAGUCUCUCCUCUACAACGGCUCGAGAUUUCAAGGCUCGCAAAAAUCGAAAGGAAAUAGUUACGACGUCGAGGUUAUUUUGCAGCAUGUCGACGAAGAAAACAGCUACUUAUGCGGGUACCUCAAAAUCAAAGGGUUAACUGAAGAGUACCCUACAUUGACGACGUUCUUCGAUGGUGAAAUCAUAUCGAAGAAGUAUCCUUUUCUCACUCGAAAAUGGGACGCUAACGAGGAUGUUGACAAGAAACAUUGGAGCAAAUUCGAGUCUUUCUGUCAGUACGCCAAGACUUUCAACUCUGAUACCUUUGACUAUGAAGCGCUUAAAGGGACAGACUUCGUGUUUAUGAGAUGGAAGGAGCACUUUUUGGUACCCGAUCACACGAUCACAGACAUUAAUGGUGCUUCCUUUGCUGGAUUUUAUUACAUCUGCUUCCAGAAAUCUGCUGCAUCAAUCGAGGGCUAUUAUUACCAUCGCAGCUCUGAAUGGUUCCAGUCACUGAAUCUGCGACAUGUUCCCGAACACAGUAUACAAAUUUAUGAAUUCAGGUGAAAGUAAUGCCAGCUUCUCAGCCCAAGUUGCCCUUCUGAAUCCCUUCCCUAUGGCAUAACGAUCUCAUAAUCCAAAUCCAGAAAUUGACAUAUACCCUUGUCUUGACAAAUUUGUAUAUUAAUUUUAUAAACUCGAGGCUGAGAAAAUUGGCAAAUUGGAUUAUCAUUUUAUUAGCAACGUGUAAGUCUGUAACGAUACUGGUGAAUAAAACAAAGCGCUUGUUUUAAGUUUGUAUGAAAACAAACGGUAAGAGUCGAGCUGAUUGUUAUUUAUUGUGGAACGGUAGAGGAACAGAGUGCCUCGACGAGUGAUACGCUUGCUUAUUAAUGAUUAAUUAUACAAGUAUUCAUUGUAAGGUGUUUUAAAAUCGAAAUAAAUCAAUUGAUGGCUUUUAUCAAUUAAACGAAUUGCAUCAUCAAAUUCUUUUCGUACUGUUACAUAUGUGCUUGCAGUCAAUGUCUCAGGAGCAUGCAUAUUUGUUUUCUCAAAUUCUAAAAUAAUAGUGGAAUUCAAAGGUUGUAUUUUGCCCUUUGCAAAGAGAAAAAAAGAAGAGAAGAAGAAAAUUUCUAGAGUUAGUGAUUUUGUCACAAAAUUUUUGUUAUUAUUUGUUUUGAUACCAUGCUUUAUUUUACGUUUGUACAUUUACAGUUUACAUGUAAAACAGUUUAUUAUCUUACAAGAUUCAAGUCUUAAGGCUAAGG